UCUGAAAAAAUGUCUGGGGUAUGGGUAUUCAAGAAAGAAGGGUUUCGUUUAAUGGAGAAUGGUGAAGCAGAGAGAUGCAGAAUGAAGAAAAAGGUUUUGGUUCACUUGGCAAGUGGUGAAGUGGUGUCUUCGUACGGUUCAUUGGAGCAAAUUCUGAGUAAUUUAGGGUGGGAAAGGUACUAUGGAAGAGACCUUCAACUGUACCAAUUUCACAAGCAUUCUUCCACUGACCUAAUUUCCCUUCCCAAGGACUUCUCCAAGUUCACCUCUGUUUAUAUGUAUGAUAUAGUCAUCAAGAACCCUAAUGUCUUCCAUGUAAGGGAUAACUGACCCACUCACUUCUCUCCAUUACGUACCCUUCAUUCUUAUUGUUUUUUUCUUCCUACAACAAAUUCUAUUCUUCUUUUCAUCCCUAAGAAUUUACAUAUGUAAUAUAUAUCGUCAUUAUUAAAUACUAAACGUAAUAACAUCUAUCUUAAUAAUGAUC